AUGGUUUUCGCAAGCGCCAACAUUGGAUUCAAACAAGACGUUCCCCAAGAACAAAACGUCUUCCUUGAAGACCCUGUCAUGGUCUCGGUUCUGGAGAGAUACUUACCAGAGAAGAUCCUUAACGAAAUCUCUCCUGAUCUUAUUCAGAUCAGCGACUGGUCUAACACUGAGGGUGCUGCAUUGACCGCCCGCAUGGAGGAGGAUCAGCCUCGCCUCCGCCAAUACGACUCCUGGUGCAGACGCGUUGACGAGCUGUUAGUGACUGAAGCCUGGAAGAAGCAAAAGGAGAUUGCGGCCCGCGAGGGAGUUGUCGCCAUUGCCUAUGAGCGCAAGUACGGCGAGUAUUCGCGUAUGUACCAGAUGGCCAAGUUGAUGCUCUGGACCUCGGGUGCUGGUCUUUACAGCUGCCCUAUCGCCAUGACAGAUGGCUGCGCUCGUGUUCUCGAGCUCAAUGGUACCCAGGAGAUGAAAGAAACUGUCUACGAGCGUCUCAUCAGCCGGGACCCUAAAAAGUUCAUCACCAGCGGUCAAUGGAUGACAGAGCGCGCCGGAGGCUCAGAUGUCGGCCGCACCGAGACCCAAGCCGUCUGGGACGAGACUCGCAAAUGCUGGUUGAUUUCUGGGUUCAAAUGGUUCUCGAGCGCCACCGACGCCGAUGUGACCAUGCUUCUCGCUCGCACCCACGACUCCAACCCAUCCGCCACCCCCGGCUCCAUGCGCGACGGUAGUAAAGGUCUUUCGUUGUACUUGGCCAAUGUCCGUGAUGGGGACGGCAAGCUGAACGGGGUUAGGAUCCAUAGGUUGAAGGAUAAGGUGGGAACCAAGGCUUUGCCAACUGCCGAGUUGGAGUUGGAUGGGAUGAUUGCUCAGCAGGUGGGGGAUAAUUAUCGAGGUGUGAAGAAUAUUUCGGCAAUUUUGAAUAUUACGCGUGUUUAUUGUGGCAUGGGAUGUACUGCUGCGAUGCAGAGAUUCAUCCUUGCCGUCAAGGAGUAUGCCCGUCGUCGUGAGGUGUUUGGAGCACUGUUGAAGGACCAGCCCUUGCACCUGGCAACCGUUGCAAAUAUGGAGCUCCAGUACCGUGCCACCAGCCAGUUUACAUUCUACUGUAUCGCCAUGCUGGGCCGCAUCGAAUCUCUCGACAACAACCUGCCCCGGGUCAAGGACCAGGACAUCCCUCUCCUCCGUCUCUUGACCCCCAUCUUGAAGGUCUGGUCUGCCAAAAACGCGUUUGCAAUGUCGCAGGAGGCCAUGGAGUGCUUUGGUGGCCAGGGUUACAUGGAGGAAACUGGUCUGGGCCGUGCUAUGAGAGAUGUCUUGGUCAACACCAUCUGGGAGGGUACUACGAACGUCCUGUCGUUGGAUGUCCUCCGCGUCAUGGCCGAGACUGGCGGUGAUGCCUUGGACCUCUUUGCCGAGUCGGUCCGCGGUAUUUUGGCGCCAUUGAAGGACCAACCCCAAUGGAGCAAGUCCGCGAGGAGCCUCGAAGACUGCCUGGCCUUAAUCUCACAUCACUUCACCACCUACGCAACCCUCGAGACCCGCAACUUCUUGGAAGCCUCAGCCCGCGGCCUCACCUUCGCGAUGGCCGAUGUGAUUUCUGGCGCCCUGCUCUGCCAGCACGCUGCCUGGUCCGCUGUCAAGGCUCAAGCCAACCCAUCCAACAGCAUCGUCGCUUCCGAGGCUUCUGUCGACCGUAUUUCUGCCCAGAGAUGGUGCGAGGGUCUGGAAAAGAAGUUGUCUUUCCAGAUCGGGGGUUUGGGAAGUGAGACUCGAUAUGAUGAGGACAAGUUGAUGCUGUUUGGUCUGGCCGAUGCCCGUACCUCUCACACCAUCACCGUCCAGGUCCCCAUUGCUUCCAAGCUCUAA